AUGGCCAAUAGCAAGUUGAUAGCAUCAGUUAUUGAUUAUGGACAGGAUCAGGAAAUUUCAAUAGAUUCACAACCAGAAGAUAUAUAUUGCGAUAAUUGUGAUAAAGCAAGAUUAAAUGGUGAAUCUUUGAAUCGCGUAAAAUCGUCAACGGAUACUCUUGUAAAAAUACCAUUUCCGCCAACAAUUCUCGCUGAAGAUUUAGUAAAACAUUUAUUAAAGAGCAAGUCUCAAUCCCCAAAAAUGUUGAACGAAUUCUUCAUUUAUCGUAAAGUAUUUGUUCAAGAACUUAAGAAGCAAAAUGUUAAAGUAAAGAUGACUCGCGCGUCGAAACUAGCAUCAGCUUCAUGGUAUCAAGAAUCUUCAAUUGUUAAGAAUGAAUAUAGAAGACUUGCACGAAAAGUUGAAAACCUUUUUAUUAUUGCUAGAAAUGAAAAAUUACAAUCUCAAGCUAAUGAAAAAAAAUGA